AUGUCGGCCGCAACCAAGAAACCUCCUUCCAGCGGUGUAGGCCGCGGGUCUGCCGUUGAACCAAGUGCUCCGUCCCCCACGGCCUCUCGGCCGCGCAGCCCUGCUUCGAAACCGUCCGCGCCGUCGCCGACCGGGCCUGCUCGCACAAGGUCGGCCCGCAGCAGCACGCUGGUCUCGGCCCGCGCUGCUGCCGUUCGUAGGGAUUCUUCCGACAUGCGAGCCGAGGCCGCGUCCGCUCUCGAAGACCUGCAGCAGCGCCUGCAGAAGGAGGAGAAGGUGUCGCAGCAACACAAGACCCAGGCUGAGGUGCUGCAGUCCAAGCUGGAUGAGGCGUUGAAGGAUUCCGCAAAGUGGGAGGAGAGGCUGCACGAGAGCGAGGAGCAGCUCGAGACUCUGCGUAACGAGAAGAGAGAGGCGACACGCCAGAUCCGGGAGAUGGAGACCAUCUACGAGGCCGAGCGGAGUGCCAUCCUCAAAGAAAAGGAGGAGCUCGCCAACAAAGAGGAAGAGAUGCAGACCGUGAUUCAGAGACUGAAAGACAGUCUGGCUCAAAGAAACAACCCCGACGACGAUUUCCGGCAGUCAAGGCAAGGCAACUCGUCCCCGUCUCUCGACAGCGGCAGCUUUGCACCGCCCUCGUCGUUGCAGCGAAGCGACUCCCAGAACAACUCGAAGCUCAUCCUUCAGAAAGACAAGCUCAUCGAGUCUCUGCGGCUGGAGCUCGCAGAGGCUCAAAUCAAGCUGGUCGAGUCGGACAAUCAAGGCGGCGGUAGGCUGCAGGAAGUCGAGCGCCUGCUGAUGGAGGCUCGCAUGGCCAAUGCGCGUCUCAUGGAAGACAACGAGAGCUAUCAACUGCUUCUCCAGGAAAAGACGUUCAAGGGCGACUUUGGCCAGAAUGACUUUAGCUACAUGAGCACCGGCACCAACCAGAGUGCGCUCAACGCUCUCGAGGGCAAAACCACCGGGGGCUCCAGCCUGGCCGACGAGCUGUCGGAUGCCACCGAGGCGGAAAGCGAGGCCUACCGCCGACUCGAAACCGAGCUCAAAAGCAUGAAGGAGCAGAACAAGGCGCUCACGUUGUAUAUUAACAAGAUUAUCGGGCGACUGCUGCAGCACCAGGAAUUCGAGUCGAUCCUGGAUCAAUCCGGCGAGGUCAAGAACGGGCCCGUGGACACCAACAAGGACCUCCCCGCGCCGCCAGGGUCUGAGCCAACGCCGAACGGCGGCGCUUCUUCGCUGCUGCAACGCGCCAAGUCGAUGGCAGUCGGCGCCGGGAAGCCGAGGCCCCGGCCUCUGUCCUUCAUGCCGUCAACCGCUGCCCACUCGGCCCACACCGACCCGGGCACCGCGCCCAGCAUUCCUAUUGGGAGUCUCGGCCGGUCUUCCAGCACGAGGCGGGUCCGGCCGCAGAGUGAUCAGUUCACUGGCGCCGCCAGCCUCGUCAGCCAGAUGUACAAGGGACCCGACGGGCCCGUCUCGCCCCCCCUGGCCACUCCGCGCCACUCGCAGUCCUUUUUCGCGUCUCCCGGCCUGGCAGGCAGCGCCAACGUUGCGGCUCGCUACCCCAGCGGAAGCCAGGCAUCGUCAGGCAACUUUCCCGGCAUGCGAAGCGAAACCUCUAGCCUAAGCGGCGACUCUGCGGAUAUUUCUUCGUCGACGCCGCCGUCCCAGUCGCCACCACGGUCACACAGCGACAAGCAAACGACCUUUGCGGGAGGGAAACCUCGCCCACUGAGGCUUGUUCAGGAGAACCAGGACGCGGUCAAGGACAGCAGCAACAAUAACAACAACAACAACAACAACAACAACAAACGAGCGAGCUGGUACACGGGCUGGAGUUGGAACGCUAAGAAGGACGAGGCCCAGUCCGGUGCGUCCAAUGCCGCCAUACCGGAGUAG